UUUCAAAAAAAAAAGAAAAUUGUUGAAAAGGUUUAUGAAUUUUUUGAAUAAAUUUUUAUAAAUUCUUUUAAAUGUUUUCAUAAUGAAUUCCAAAUUAUUUGAUUUGGAGCAUUUGCAACAAUUAACCUAUGAAAGAUCAAAGACGUGGGCCAGUUUUUUAGAUAAUGUGGCCGAAAAAGAAACUUUAGUAGAGAUUGACAUUAAUAACUUGGAGGACAUCUAUGGUCCGGAAUGUGAUGAAAAUGAUACACAUGAAGAAUUGGCCUCCAUGGAAGAUGACGAUUUUGAAGAAGUGCCAUUGGAUGCGGAUGUAUUAAGAAAUGUUACAAAUACUACAAGAUUCUCGUUGCUGUUCAAAAAUAAGACGUUGGCUCUACCGGAGAAUGCCAAUAAUGAGGAACAUAAACUAUUAGAUAUUUUCAAUCAAACUAUGCCCAUUAUAAAUGAACAUAAUCGUCAGUUGAAGGAGUCGGGAUUUGAAAGGAUUCUGAGUACAUUUGAUAAGCAAAAAAUAGAAGAUAAAGUAGGCAGUUGGUUAAAUAGACACAAUUCCUUGUAUGGAGGUGACAACACUAUGCUAUAUACAGUACCUCAAGACAAGAAAAAAGGCUACACAAGAGAUUGUCCAAUAUCGUCAGCAACUCGACAUGCUGGAAGAGCUGGCAGAUCUUGUAGAAAUCGUGGUACUAGUAACAAAGAUAUAAGUCAUGAUUCUGAUGAUUCUUUACAGUCGGGAGAAACAGCUAGAUAUAUACGUUCCAGUAGAGCUGGUGCAAUUAGAAAUGCUGCUUCCACUACCACCAUGAUUAAAACUUAUCGUAUGGUUAAGAGCACACGAGAGGCCCUAAGAGAAAAAUAUGCCUGUGAAAAAGCUGAAGAUGAGUGCCAUCUUAAGGCUCUACGUCAUCGUCGUAAAUUUGUAAAUGAAGUAGAGUAUCAUCAUAAUCAUUACGACUUGGCACGUUUACAAAAAUCUCGUAAAAAUGAGAUGAUCGCACCACCUGCAUCUUCUUCCUCACACAAAGAAAGACGUAAAGUCUUGCGUAAACGUAGCUAUAGUAAUAGUUGCAGUGCCAUAGAUUCUUCAUCCGAUUCAGACUAUUAUAAUGAUGAAGAUCAUCCUCGUAGGCGUCGUAACCAUUUACCUGCAUGUUGUAAUCAAUACCACUGUACCCCAAGCCAUAAUAAAUAUACACCCAUGACUUUAUCUAAAGAUAUGGUUAAACGUUUCUCACAACGUAGUACCAUAAAAAUGAAUUCGGCACGCAUGAAUCGCAUGUACUAUUACACCCAUUCCCAGACAAAAUCAUUUUCAUCAUCAUCGUCGUCUUCGGCUUCAUUUAGCAGCGUAUGCGAAAGACGUCGUGCAAUGAAAAGAAAUGGUAAAUUUUAUAGUGAUAAUAGGCCCUGUAGACGGGAAUCGGAGUGUCACUGUUGCAAUGAGAGAAAAUUAUGUGAGGACUACAAACAUGUUGCUGAUACAUCCACAGAAGAAUGGUAUGUUGAAAAUUGUAUUUCGCCUCAAAAAUCGCUUAAAACCUCAGCCUCGAGUUCAAAACCCUCUAUGGAGAUAGAGGAUGAAGUUGCCCCGAUUAAAGAAAAUGUAAUAAAAACAAUGAAUUCAAAGCAAACAACCAAGGACAACACUAAAGGCAAAUCUAAAACUACAAAAGCAAAGACAACUUCAAAUGCUGAUAACAACUGUGAAAAUGAAACCUUUGAUCUGGAACUACAAAUGGCCAUAGAAGCAUCAAAAGAACUAUAUGAAAAAGAACAGGAAAUGAAAAAGAAUAAAGAAUCUACAAAAAAUAAAAAAGAAAAACAUGAAAUUAUACCUACAAAACCAUUAAGGAAGAACAAAAAGCAAUUAGAAGAAAAAGAACAAAAUCAAAGAACUCGUAAAAGACAAAACAAGAAUCAAAGUCUAGACAUUGAUAAAGAAGAUGAAAUUAUGGAAAAAUUACCAAAACUAAUAGAAGUAAAGAAGGAACUGAAAGUAGAAUUGUUAAAUCCUAGUGAUGAUGAAAAUAUAUUUAUCAAACCCAAGACGGUGCCUCCAAAAACAACAACUACAAAAAAUAAUAGUUCCACUAUAACAACUACAUCAACAGAAGAAACCUUUUUUGCACCUACACAAACUCAAGUUAUUUGUAAUUCUACUGCUUUAUCUUCAAAGAGUAAGGCAUUUAAUAGACAAAUUACUGAUAAAAUGCUCAGUCUAGAAGAAGUGUCAAAUGAUGAAACUUAUAAAAACAAAACGGCAACUAAGGAAAUUAAAACAAAAAAGUCUAAAACAGAAAAAUCGAUUAAAGCUACUAAGAAAAAGGCCACUUCAUCUACAGCUAAGGAUAAAAAGGUAUCAACUAAAAAGGCUGCAGCCAGUACAACGGUAACCUCUACUACUAUACGUUCCCCAGAAAUGAAUUCUAGCUUAAGUUCAACAAAAACUGCAGCAAAAGAAAUCAUAACUGAAGCUGAAAAUGACGAACUUAGUGAUUGCACCCUAGUGACAUCGACCACAAAUAUCGAACCACCACCGCAGCCACCUGCCAUAACUCUGGAAGAGAAACUUGUAGAAAACUCACAACAGGAAGAUGUCACUCUAAAUACAAACCAUCAAAUGACUCAUAAAGGCAUUCUAAUUUAUGCACCACACAAUCGUUCUAUGGCUCCAGCUCACAGUUUUACCAGUGAUGGUUAUUUUACCAUCACCAAGGAGCAUUUGAGUGGUGUUAUUGGCGAAAAACCUGCUGAGAAAUUCCUAAAAUAUUAUAUUGGUCGUAAACGUUUCAAUAGUAAUUCAACCAUAUAUUUCAGACCUCCUACAGCGGCAUCAUUGAGCGGUAAUAAUAUUUUCUCUUCUUCGGAUAGUGAUGAUGAUUUAGAUAAUUUGGGACAAUAUGGUGAUCUCUAUGAAUCUCUUAGUAAUGUAACUGCGGAUGUAACUAAAUAGUAUUUGUCCUCCGAUUGAAAAUAUAUGUUACUUUAAUAGUUUUACGUUAAAAAAUUUAUAUAUUUAUGUAUUUGGUCAUACUUUUUUUUAAGUGUUUUAUGUAAGAAAAAUUUUCUAUUGUUAAAUAAAUGUUUAAUUUUUCAAUUUAA